AAGCGCACCAAGGGGUGAUCUUUGACCUUUCGUUGUUGAAAGCUCGACUCGUCCUGGUGGGUUGUGACGCUAUGGCUCUUUUCUAUGAAGAGGGCUCUCACUGUCCGUCCUUGAGAAGGUUUCCUAUCUCCAGACUGCACUAAUGUACGGAGCUCUACCAGCAGCAGUACAUCGACCAGUGAAGGAUAUGUGAGUCGUAACAAGAAGAUGGGUCGACCGCUCAGCCCCUCACUUCGUCUGCUGGGCAUCGAGCCCAGACAUGGUGUGGGUGCUGUCUUUCGGUCAUCGUACCUCAGGAGCCGUCCUCACUUCUGGAGUGACAGCAGCCUCCAUAGCCUACCUGAUAUCAGGGACUCAGUUCACGGAGUUCAUCUCACCUCUCCAGUCAGUGGCCAGUCAGCCUGUCCUCUGGACCUCGGCCAAGUUCCUCAUGGCCCUUCCUCUCUCCUACCACAUGGUCAACGGCAUCAGACAUCUGGCAUGGGACACUGGUAGAGGGUUUGAGCUGAAGACGCUGUACAAGACAGGCUACCUCAUGCUGACUGCUACACUGCUCCUGACUGGGGUCCUCACUCUCUAUAAACCCUCGUCUUAGAUAAAACCUUAACUGAUCAUUGUACGUAGUGUGUUCUGCUUGCAGCAGUUGAUAUAUACAAUGCAAUGUGGUUGUUGUCUGUUUCGUUCGUCAGUGUUCUUUGCUUGUGCUGAUUGAAGAUGGACUAGUUUCUCAUCAGCCUCAUACAAAAAUUUCACAUCUUGACACAAAUUUGAAACUCUAGAAU